UGUUGAAGAUGUGGAGCAAAACUCUGGUAAGUAACAAGUCUUCAUUUACUUUUGCUCACUAUGCAGAUUAGUGGAACGUGGCCAACUACAUAAUGUUUUAUUUUCCAGACGAAGGCAGCGAUGGUUGAACCCUGUAGAUUGAGGAGAUUUUGUCACUUGGUGAAACCUGGAUCAGUGACUUUGGGUCAGGUUUCUGCCAGCACCCAGAGCCCACUGCCCAAAAUGCCCGUCCCUCCUCUGAAGCAGACCUGUGAGCUGUACCUCGGUGUCCUUGAAACAUUUUUGGAGCCCAAGGAGCUGAAACGCACAGAACAGCUGGUAGAAGAUUUUCUUAAACCUGGAGGUGUUGGGGAGAAACUACAGAGAGGCCUGGAGAGGAAGGCAGAGACCACUGAGAACUGGUUGACAGACGAUUUUUUGAAGUAUGAAGUUCUCAUUAAACGGAAACCUGUGGUGAUUCGUUUAAACUUCGGGAUUCUCUGUCCCAGAAAGGACGUCAAGGAUAAACGAGAGCAGCUGAGGUGUGCUGCUGAGUUUAUAGCAACUGUGCUGGAUAUAAAGACAAUGGUUGACAACGAGACACUCCCAGUUGAGUUCAUGGGAGGGAAGCCACUGUGUAUGAAGCAGUACGAGCAAGUGUUCUCAUCCUGUUGUCUCCCUGGUCCGGAGGUGGACUCCUUGCUUUUUCUGGCCAAGAGCUUCAAUCCCCCCAAGCACAUCACUGUAGUUCAUAACGGCCAGUUCUUUGCGCUGGACGUGUACAACAGUGAUGGAAACCUGCUGACAGUGGAUCAGCUCCGUGUUCAGCUGCAGAGGAUCUGCGAGUCCUCACAGCAGACGGACGCGGAGCCUGUCGGCCUCCUCACCACCCAGCCACGCGACGCAUGGAGCAAAAGCCACACCCGCCUCAUGCAGGAUGAGACCAACAAGGCUUCACUGACGGCUAUUGAAAGCAGCAUCUUCACCCUGUGUCUGGAUGGACCAAUGCCCCCACAGUCUGAUGAGAUGAAGUAUCGCAGGAGUGGUUUGCUGCAGAUGUUGCACGGAGGAGGCAGCCAGUGGUUCAGUGGAAACCGCUGGUUUGACAAAGGGUUGCAGAUAAUUAUUGGAGAAGAUGGAACCAGAGGAAUCAACUGUGAACACACUGUUGCUGAUGGCACAGUGUUAAUGGCCAUUUGUGACCAUGCUGUUAAUAAUACAAAUAGGGAAACAGCACAUGUGACGCAGGCUCCCAGGGACCCGCUGGCAAUGCCCCAGAAACUACACUUCAACAUCACACCUGAGAUCAGACAGGACAUCGAGGAGGCCAGGCAGCAUCUGGACACAUUAAAUAAGUCUUGUGCAACCUCACUGUGCUGCUCUAGUACAAUAACGCUUCUAAAACAGUGCACAGUACUCAUAGUCUUCUUCAUAAUAGUCUUCUUUAUACCUUGUUAUUGGACAUGUUUAUUCAUAGAUGCCUUAAACACCCAUUCCUUCCUUUGCAGCCUAGUACAGAACGUGGACAUGACAGUCACAGUGUUUGGCCACUUUGGGAAAACCGCCAUCAAGGCCCAGAAGCUGAGUCCUGAUGCCUUCGUGCAGAUGGCGAUCCAGCUGGCGUUCUACAGGGUUUACAAGAAGAUUGGCGCAAUGCUGGAACCGGCCACGCUGCGUCUGUUCACACGGGGACGUCUAAUUAUAAUGCCCACAAACUCCACUGCCUCCGCUGCCUUUGUUAAAGCGUUUGACGAUCCCAACCAACAGAAUCUAGUGAAGGUUGAAUUAUUGGAGAAAGCUGUAAAAGAACACAGAAAACGCACAGACUUGGUCCUGAGUGGCCAUGGCAUAGCCGCACACUUCAUCGGCCUCAUGUCUCAGGCUAUUGAGAAAAACAUUCCAAUGCCCGAUAUCUUCACGGAUGCGUCCUAUACACAAGUCUUUGAUGUCUUUGAAGUCAGUACGAGUCAGGUAACAUCCAGGACUGGGUGUCUGCUGUGUAACAGCCUGGAUCAACCAGGGAUGUACGACGUGGACUACAGCAUCAUGGACAAACACAUAGACUGCAGAGUGUCGGCUCUGGAAGCCUCUAACACCAAAGAAAAAAGCCCAACGCGGCUGAGCCGAGCGUUGGACGGCGCUCUUCUGGACAUGAUGAGCCUCCUGGAAGCAACACAGAGUCCAACGGGGUGUUUCAGGCCUGAAUGAACAGUUGGACGUCAGUGAUAAAGGGUUUUUCUAUUUUCAGCUGGUUGUUCGUGCAGAGACGGAAAAUGAGAAACAGCUUUAUAUUUUUACUAAAGUAAAUAUUUGUUGUUCUCUAAUAUUUGUGAGGUGAUAAAUGGAUGCUGCACCGGCUGAUGUAACAAGAACACAGUUACUACCCACUUAAGAAGUAGGAGAGUCAAGAAACCUUUUGAAUAUAAUCAAGCAAAUAAAAGCAGGUUUUAAACCUUUCCUCUUCUUCUACACUGUCAUUUUUCUUUUUUGGCUAAACAUAAAAAGACCAUUUUUAAGAAAACCUUUAGGAACAUGACACCUUCUUCUUCUAUGUUACACCUCAAGUUCAGCUGUGA